GCCUGGAGGGGCGGACCCGCGCGAGUAAUUUAACAUGGCGGAAAUUGCCGCCGUAGAGGCUACGAGCCCGCGGGGAUGUGCGGAUGGGGAGGACGCAGAGCCCGAAGAGGAGGGGAUGGCAGAAAUGCCGAGAGAUGAUCAGGAGCAAUUUGAGUGCCAGGAACUGCUCGAGUGGCAAGUGCAGGUGGGGGGCCCCGAGGAAGAAGAGGACCCGGGCCCGGUGGCCGAGGCCGAGGCGGUAGCUGCCGGCUGGAUGCUCGAUUUCCUCUGCCUGUCUCUUUGCCGGGCCUUCCGCGACGGCCGCUCCGAGGACUUCCACCGGACCCGCGACAGUGCCGAGGCUAUUAUCCAUGGAAUGUCCAGUCUAACAGCUUAUCAAUUGAGAACUAUAUACAUAUGUCAGUUUUUGACAAGAAUUGCAGCAGGAAAAUCUCUCGAUGCACAGUUUGAAACUGAUGAACGAAUUACACCCUUGGAAUCAGCUCUGACAAUUUGGGCUUCCAUUGAAAAAGAACAUGACAAACUUCAUGAAGAGAUACAGAAUUUAAUUAAAAUUCAGGCUAUAGCUGUUUGUAUGGAAAAUGGCAAUUUUAAAGAAGCGGAAGAAGUCUUUGAAAGAAUAUUUGAUGACCCGAAUUCUUAUGAGCCUUUAAAAAGGAAAUUGCUUAUGGUAAUCUCUCAGAGAGAUACAUUCCACUCAAUUUUUCAACACUUCAGCUACAACAACAUGAUGGAGAAAAUUAAGAGUUAUGUGAAUUUUGUGAUAAAUGAAAAAUCAUCAGCCUUUCUUAUGAAGGCAGCAGCAAAAGUAGUGGAAAGUAAAAGGGCAAGAACAACUCAAGAUAAACCUAUUGAAAUGGAAACCGAAGCUAAUUUGGAUAUAGGAAAAAGUAUUAGUGACAAACGGUCUACAACUGAAUUCUCAGGGGGUACAGUAUCCUUAUCGAGGUCUCACAAGAAGCUCUUUGUAUCUAAGUCAAAACACGGAUGCCAACAACAGGAUUUUAAUAGGCAAGAAGAAAGAAUGGAAACUCUUCAAAGUAAUGAAAAAGGACACGUUCUGGGAGGUGAAAGAAUGAAAAGACUCAGGAGACAAGCUGCUGAAAAAGAGAGAAGACAUGUUUUGAACAGUCAGCCAGUAACUUCUAAAAAACAUCGAUCUAGGAAAAAACAGACAUGUUGAUGGUUAGUGCCAAAGCUAGCGACAUGAACCAAAAUGGACCUGUUUGGAAAUUUCCAAGUUGGGAACCACUUUUAAAGUAAAUUAACAGCGUGGGGUUUCUAAAGACCAGCCUGGUGAUGAGAAUCUGGGGUGCAGAUUCACAAGACAGCAGACUGUGGUGACAGCCUUCAUUAGGCCAAGGUAAUACUCCCACAAUUCCUUAGGGAGAAGGGGACCGUUUUGGAUUUACUUCCAGCUCAGUCUUCCUCUAAGAAUACAGUCUUUUGGCAUCCUUGUUUAAUUACAUCCCACCUUGGCCUGGCCUUGGGCUUUGCUUUCUGCCCCCAUUUCGGAGCAAGAGAAGAUGGUAACUACUGGCUGUAUAUGGGCCCCCCUCCCUCUGCCGAGUGGUGGAGCACAGCCUGCUGCAGGUGAAGAGACUGGCAGAGGGUACAGGUGGUGCUGGUCUGAAAAAGCAGCCCACCAUUACUGGGCGGUGUGGGGAUGACGGAGCUCAUCCACGUGGCUCCCACACUAUGUAACAGGGCCGGAACUGGAAGGGAGUGGUCUUGCUGUCACCGACACUCGGAGUCACUCCAGCGCCCUCUGUUGAUAAAGCUUAACCGUUAUGUCAAGAGUUGUGUGCAGGAGUUCUAGCUCUAGGAUCACAAAGCAGGGCAGAGAAAGGAAUUUGCAGUUGAGAGCCAAAAAACAUAACAUAACACCUUCAUAUGUCAAAAUACUUUAAAGCAAGCCUUCACUUAAACCUAUCCUGUGUUGAGAGAGCAAGAAUAAAAAGACAAUUUGACACAAGAAGUGUGAUGGUUUAUAUAAUCUACACCUCUCAAAGGAAAAGAAUACUUUUUCAGUGUCUUUGUUUUUUACAAGAAAAUUAUUUAAAGAAUGUUUUCCCUUCCACUUGAGUCCAUGAAGAGCUCACAUCUGUCUUUGUCUUUAUAAAUUUGUGAGCGCUUUACUUUGCAUGGAUUAUAACUCUUACAAAACCCUGAUGAGGAGGCAGAACAGUAUUAAUAAUUACAUGGCACAGAUGAGGAAUCAAGCUUCAUUUAUUCUAACUUGCAUUGGCAGAAUCGCAUUGGUGACAGAACUUUUAUUGUACUGCUGAUGUCCCGCAAUUAGAAGUUUUCUUUAUCAGAAAAAAGGGGCAGAAUUCUCUUCCCUCUUUAGUCCAGGAAUGUUGAUGUCCCUCAUAAAAAAGCCUAGCUCAGUGUUCUCAAUACUAGUGGAACUUGGCAGCUGCAGCAGCAAGUAAAAUAUACAAGAAUUCCUCAAAUAUGCCUGUAAUUGAAGUGUAUUUUUCACUGUCAAGAAUUUUUUCAUUAUUUCAGAGAUGCUAUUUUUUAAGUUUCUCUAAUUCUAAGGCUUUCUACCACUACCAAGUGGAUAAAAACAACAGUAACGACUUUGAUGAGUUGUUAUCCAAAUGAAUCCUAUAAUGAGUCCUUUUGCUUAUGCUUCCAUAUCUUGAUAACUUACGCUUGGCUGUUGCUAUUACCGUAACUCCCCGAUAGGACACAGGAGACAUUUAACUCGCCUCACACCUCUGCCUUCCUUCCCUCCCAUGCUUCUCCUGAGCUUCCUCCAAUGUAUUUCUUUUUUGAGUUACUAAAGCUUCUCUUAUGCCCUCAGCUGUAGACAGGAUUCCUUGACUCCAAUGUAGGAUGAGGAAAUCAGGACCCCUAAACUCAGCACUUCCGCUCUCCCCAGCUUCCUAUGCCCGUCCCUAUUACAUUGCCAAGGGUUCUGUUUGUUUGGAUUGGUUUGAUUCAUUUUUAGCAUUCAGUCUAACAAUUAUAGUGAAAUAUUUUGUGCCUUCGAUAUGGAGUAAUUCUAAAAAAUCAGAAACCAAUAAACCUGUAUUAUGACUAUACCAUGUAUUAUUCACAUGAGAUCCUAGGAGUGUGACUAACUCAAAAAAUGUAAUCUUGUAAUCAUGAAUUCUUGCAACUCAAAGAAGUGUCAAGGUAAAUUGUAUUCUCUCUCUCUCUCAUUGUGUCUUUCUAUCCAUCCCCCCUACCCUAGUAGCUCAAAACCAUGUCACAUUUUAGUUUGCUUCACAUUUUGACAUACUUAUAUUUUCAGUUUUUUCUUGGAAAUUUUAUUUCCAUUUUUACUAAAGUAAUCCAUGUUCAUAGUUUUAAAAAUAAAAUUGUUCUACAUGGCUUAAAAUGGAAAACAUUUCUUCCC